CUACCUCACGGGAUAAAAAGACUAUAGAUUCAGACGCAGCUCUCAGACAUCUUGCUGGCCUUCCAGACAGUGCCCAGAAUGCCCCCAGAACCAUACUGAGAUAUAUAUACAGUAUAUCUAUCUCCACAACCAAGAACUAUUAAUUGAACUCAGUAGAAAGAUGUGAUAGUCAGCAUAGCCCCAGCUGUGUGUCAUAGCCUGUAUCAUGUGAAACUACAGAUCCCAGCAUGGCCUGAACAAUUCUGAAGAUAUGCUGGAAGUUGAACAGGACCACUCAUCAUAUUGCUCCAGAUCAUAUUGGAUCCACUACUGAUCAGGACACUGUAGUGGAUUUAUGGCUGCCACUUGACAUCAUGCACCAUCGUUGGCUGCUGCUUCUUGCAUGCUUCUGGGUCCUGUUCAUGCUUAUGGUUGCAAGCAAACUAAUCACCCUCACAAUGAGAAUCCCUGAGGGGUAUGGAAUGAGGCAGGGAUCCUUGACCAUUUUACCUGAACUGGAGAAAAUGACAGUGACUGAAGCAAGAAAGUUCCAGAUUGAAAGUCAGCCUACAGCGGACACAUUGAAAAAUAUUACUCACAUUGAUCUCAUCCACAAGCAGCGACUGGAGCUACUCAGAAGUGUAUGCAGGAAUGGAUCAUUUGGGAACCUCUCACAUUCCACCAUUUCCAAGUUUGUGUUGGAUCGAAUCUUUGUCUCUGACAAGCACAAGAUCUUAUUUUGUCAGACCCCGAAAGUUGGAAAUACCCAGUGGAAAAAAGUUCUCAUUGUUUUAAAUGGGGCAUUUUCAUCAAUUGAGGAUAUACCAGAAAAUGUGGUUCAUGACCAUGACAAGAACGGUCUUCCUAGGCUGUCUUCCUACAGCGUUCCAGAUGUGCAGGAAAGGCUGAAUUCAUAUUUCAAGUUUCUUAUUGUCCGAGAUCCCUUUGAGAGACUCAUAUCUGCAUAUAAAGAUAAGUUUCUACACAAUCCCCGUUUUGAACCAUGGUACAAGCACAACAUUGCUCCAGUUAUCAUCCGCAAGUACAGAAAAGAUCGCACAGAAACCCGAGGAGGUCUGCAGUUUCAAGACUUUGUACGAUACCUGGGGGAUCCAAACCACAAGUUUCUAGAUCUUCAGUUUGGGGACCAUAUAAUCCACUGGGUAACUUAUGUGGAACUUUGUGCCCCUUGUGAAAUAAAUUACAAUGUCAUUGGGCAUCAUGAGACUCUGGAGGAGGAUGCUCCAUACAUCCUAAAGGAGGCAGGGAUAGAUACACUAGUUUCUUAUCCUGCAAUACCACCAGGAAUCACAAAAUACAACCAGUCAAAAGUGGAAUAUUAUUUUUCCAAAGUAUCCAAGAGGGACAUCAAACGUCUUUAUGACAGAUUUGAUGGAGACUUCAAGCUUUUUGGUUAUAAAGAGCCAACAUUUUUAUUUCAUUAAUAUGGUGCUGUAUACAGUUGUGUACAUGAUCCCCAGUGCACUAUAUCUGCAGUGAAGACACUACUGAAGCUUUUUUUUGUCUGGCCAUACCUUAUUUGCACUUAACCCACUUACACUGUAUCUAAUGCACUGCUGUAUUCAAUUUUUUUGUGGUGGGUAUUGGCCUUUAAUCACUUGCUUUGGAACAAGUGGUGGGUGGGGUUGGAAAUCCAAUGUGAAUAACAACAUUUUUGUUUACAGUUUUAAAGUAUUAGCAAUAUACACUGUAGAACAUU